AUGCUCAGUUUCCUGCACCUGGGCGGCCUCCGCACGGCGCUCUACAACUACCUCUUUGCCAAAAAGCACCGGGGGAGGUUCGUCCUGAGGGUGGAAGACACGGACCGGAGCCGCGUGGUGCCCGGCGCGGCCGAAGGGAUCGAGGACAUGCUGGAAUGGGCAGGUAUUCCUCCCGACGAGAGCCCCCGCCGGGGCGGCUCCUUCGGCCCCUACCAGCAGUCCCACAGACUCGACCUUUACAAGCGAGCCAGCGAGGAGCUGCUGGAGAAGGGCGCAGCUUAUCGCUGCUUCUGCAGCCCGCAGCGCCUGGAGCUGCUGAGGAAGGAGGCCCUGCGGCGCCAGCAGACCCCGCGGUACGACAACCGGUGUCGGCACCUGACGCCCAAAGCGGUGGCUGAAAAGCUGUCCCAGGGCUCGGAGUGGGUCGUGCGCUUCCGUCUGGAGCGGGGUGCGGAGCCCUUCCAGGACCUGGUCUACGGCUGGAGCCGGCACGAGGUGGCGGACGUGGAGGGCGACCCAGUGAUUCUCAAGGGGGACGGCUUCCCCACCUACCACCUGGCCAACGUGGUGGACGACCAUGCCAUGGGCAUCAGCCACGUGCUGCGCGGCACGGAGUGGCUCACCUCCACGUCCAAGCACCUCCUUCUCUACAGAGCCUUCGGCUGGGAUCCUCCUCAGUUUGGUCACCUCCCGCUGCUGCUGAACAAAGACGGUGCCAAACUGUCCAAAAGGCAAGGGGAUAUCUUUCUGGAACGUUUUGCUCGGGAUGGCUACAUGCCAGAGGCUCUGCUGGACAUCAUAACCCACUGUGGCUCUGGAUUCACAGAGAAUCAGAUGGGGAGGACUUUGGAGGAGCUGAUUUUGCAGUUUGACAUAGGUAGAAUCACGACCCAUUCUGCCCUCCUGGAUCUUGAAAAACUCCCAGAAUUCAGCAGGAUUCACCUCUCCCGCCAUAUCGAGAAUGAGCGGCUCCGGCAGGAGUUAAUCAGGGAGCUGCAGCUGCUGGUGGAGCGGGUCUACGGGGAUCAGCACGUGGAUAAAGAGGUUCUGGAGAAGAGUUACGUGGAGCGAGUUCUUCUGCUGAGAAAAGGUCACAUAAGCUUCCUGAAGGACCUGGUGUCGUGUGAUUAUUCAUACCUAUGGGUUAGGCCCUCCGUGUCCCGAGAGCAGCUACAAACUAUUUCUGCAGAAGCAGACGAAAUAGGGAAACUAGUCACAGGGCUCCUGAUGAGGCAGGCAGCUGUUUUGACUGUGGAGGAGUUGAACAAAGACCUGAAAAGCCUCCAGAAGCAAAGCAGAGAGACCAAGUACAGCAGCAUGAUGAAGCUCCUUCGCUUGGCACUCAGUGGAAAGCAGCAUGGACCGAGUGUUGCUGAGAUGAUGGUGACUUUGGGCCCCACGGAAGUGUGUGAAAGGAUGCACAGAGCACUAUCGAGCUAAAGGAGACAGGAAUGACACCAGCAGCCCCCUGGGAUUCGGAGGAGGUCGGCUCA